UAGAGUUAAAAAGAAAUUUUCGAAUAAAUAGGUAUUCUCAAUAAAUAAUCCAAUAGCUAUAGAUGUGUUGCUUGUGAAAAAAGUUCGUUCGGAAUAUAAUAAAAAAGCUAUAAUAGAAGAAACAAAAAAAUAAAUAAAAAUUAAGGGUGUCGUCGCCAAAUCGAAAAAUAGCAUUCAUUAAUUUGCUAUAAAAUUCACCACAGUUAUUUUUUAUUUGGGGUAAAAUCGAUUCAACUGUCAGAAUUUUUUCUACAGUUUAUCGAUUUUGUGAUAAUAAAAAAUACAUUUUUUUCCUUCUUGUAAAAGGCAGUGUAAUCACAAUUGAAUGUAAAAAUUUGAGCAGAAAACUUUGUUGAACAACUUUUGUAUAUUUUGGGUUAAAUAACAAGAACAUAAAAAGGGAGGAACCAAGUGCAACAAAAUGAAUAUAGAUUUUGCUAAAUUGUGCGGCAAACAUGGAGCAAUUUAUGAGGCCUACUACAAACAGAUGGAUCCUAAGGGUGCGGGUACCAUAGAAGCUAUGGCCGCAGCAAAGUUUUUAAAAAAAUCUGGUCUAAGCGAUGUGGUAUUGAGUCGUGUAUGGGAUUUAUCUGAUCCCAAUGGCAAAGGGUAUUUGGAUAGACCGGGAUUUUAUGUAGCCCUUAAAUUGGUGUCUCUGGCUCAACAUGGUCAUGUCUAUAACAUGAAUAACAUUUACAUGGACACAGAAAGACCUCCCAAAGUGGGCGACAUUCCUAAGAUAGUGCCACCUCGAGUACCGCCCGCACCAGUUGCCGCAGCUGGUAUGGCCACGGGAGAUUGGUCUAUUGGUGUUAUUGAUCGUUUAAAAUAUGAACAGCUAUUUGAGUCCCUGAAACCAGUGGGUGGUAUGCUGCCGGGCAAUAAAGUCAAAGGUGUUUUAUUGGAAUCCAAAUUACCCAUGGAAACUUUGGGUAAAAUUUGGGAUUUAGCUGAUCAGGACAAAGAUGGAAAUUUGGAUAAGCAUGAGUUCUUAGUUGCCAUGCAUUUGGUAUAUAAAACACUAGAAAAACGUACUGUACCCGAUAUUUUGCCAGUUGAAUUACGUAAGCCCGGUUUAGGGGGACCACCAAACAAACCUGGUCCUCCAGCAAUGCCACCACCACCAGUUGGUGCUGCCGUUCCUAGGGCACCAUCUAAUGAAGGUUUUGGCGAUGGCGGUUUUGUAGCUAAUUUCCCCAAGGAUAUUGCACCACCGCCAGCUAUACCCUUACCCGUCACUGUACCACCACCGAUGCAACGUGUUCCUCCAGUUGGUGGCCCAGCCACUGUGGCACCGCUUAUUUCCACAGAUCCUCUUAUACCCAUUGGUGCUCCGCCCUCGGUUACUGCCAAUGCCGAUUGGGUUGUUACACCCGACGAUAUGAAACGUUUUGAGGUCAUGUUUAGAGAAGCUGAUCGCGAUAAAGAUGGUUUGGUGUCUGGUCUGGAGGUUAAAAAUGUCUUCUUACAAUCAGGCGUGCCCCAAAAGAUGUUGGCCCAUAUUUGGGCCCUCUGUGACACUAACCAAUCGGGUAAAUUAACUUUAGAACAAUUCGCUUUGGCCAUGUGGAUGGUAGAACGCAAACAAAAAGGCAUUGAUCCACCACAAGUAUUGACUGCCAACAUGGUGCCACCUUCAAUGCGCGGCAUUGUAACCGGCGUAGAUGUACAAGAAUCUAAGCCAACUUACACUAAUCCAGAACUGGAAAUGAUAUCAAAGGAAAUAGAAGAAUUGGCUAAAGAACGACGAGCUUUAGAAACAGAAAUAGCUCAAAAAGAAGCCGAUAUACGCAUUAAAAAUGGCGAAGUUAGAAGUUUGCAGAGCGAAUUGGAUACUUUAUCAGCCACUUUAAAACAAUUAGAAAAUCAACGCGGCGAGGCCCAGAAACGUUUAGACGAUCUUAAAGCUCAGGUUAAUAAAAUCCGUGAACAAUGCCAGAAACAAGAAGAUACCAUUAAUGAACAAGAGGGUGAAUUGAAUGCAAAACGUUCCGAAUUGCAAAAACUUAAAGAUGAGGAGAACUCGUUGCAAAAGGAAUAUGAUGAAAAUAAUCGAGAAUUACAAAAAUUAACUAAUCAUUUACAAAACACACAGCUGCAAAUAAGUUCGAUUCGUUCAAUGGUAACGCAACUAAUGGAGACCCAACGUCAAAUGACUGAUGCUUUACUAUUGUGUCGAGCUGCUAUUGAAGCAGAAAACACUGAGCUAGUGUCAGAGUAUCAAUUGAAAAUUGAACCAGAUUUAGAUGAGGCACGUAAAACAUUAGAAAAAGAGAUUGGAAUAAAUGACGAUCCAUUCAAUGAUAAUAAAACAGCUUUAAAUAAAAAUAAUGGCUUUACAACAAAUGGUUUUGAAAGUGAUCCCUUUGUGGGUAAUACAACAAAGACGAUCACAACAGCAAAAGGAGGUUUUGAUGACAGUUUUAAUACUGGUUUCGAUGCAGGAUUUGAUGCUUUCAGCAGCAGCAAUACAACUAGCGGCUUUGGAGAAACACAAAAGGAUCCAUUUGGUGGUGAUGCAUUUGCAAAUAAACCAGAGCCUGUCAAAGAUACGUUUGACAGUGAUCCCUUCGCUUCGUUACAUGCGCCCACGGGUCAGGGUCAGGUGUUAAGCCCCAAUACACAGACUGCUUCCUCAAUAGGUAGCAGUAAUAAAUCAGGACCUCCACCUAGACCAGAAUCGCCUAGUCCAGCUUUACCGCCCAAAAAAUCAAAGGUACCACCGCCAAGACCAGCUCCACCCAGGCCCAUACAGGCUCCAAAUCGUCCGGCUCAACCAGAUGCCUUUGGUUCUUCCUCAAAUCCAGGAGGUUUUGCUGAUUUCGCCGAUUUUGACAAUAAGGCUCCCACUUUACCACCACCAUUUGCACCCACAAUACCAACAAAAACACAAACUCAAAACAAUUUUAUUAAGCUAAAGAACACAACAACAUUAGCCACAACAGUCACUCCACCAUCGUCAUCAACAACGUCGUCAAUAGCUUCAUUGUCUACAACAAAUCUAUCAUUAUUUGAUAAUUUCACUUUGACACCACCCAUUCCUGCUGCAAUUGCAACUGCAUCCAAUCAAACAUCCACAUCCUUAUUUGGCUCGAAUACGGCUUUAAAUAAAGAUGCUUUAACGGAAUUGUAUAGUAAGACAAAUGCAAGCAUUUCCACCACGACCACCGUCGAUAACAUCACCGCCAUCACCAACACUAGUUCAACAACAAACAUUAAUAAUCAUUUAACACGUUCCACUACACCACUGCAGCUGGCUGCAAUAACAACAACUAAAACAACAACCCCAAGUACAUCGAGUGUAUUUGAUGCGUUUGGAACAAUAACAACGACAUCGUCAACUGCAACAGCGGCAACGUCUACAACAAAAAAGACGGAUCAUUUUAGUACCAUCAAAUCAACAUCUUCGAUUAUAAGUGGACCGACAGAUUUUAAGGAUGAUCCAUUUAAAGACUAUCGUUAUGAGGAUCCUUUUAACAUUAAAGAUCCUUUCGAUGACGAUGAUGACGAAUUUCCAACUGAUCCGGAUAAAGUGUUUAAAGAUGAUGUAAUUGUUGCUUCGGAUGAUGAAAAACUUAAAAUCGGUCUCAACAACGACAACAACAAUUUCGCCCUCGAUUCCUUUCAAGCAAAUACAACAAAUUCAUCGAGUGCUUCGAAUGCCUUCAGUACGGCUAAAUCACAUUCUACUGUAAGCAGUGAAUUUUUAAAUCAAUUUGAUAGCUUUACGCUACAAUCGAAUCCCAGUCCAGUGCCUUCACAACAUUCGUCUACAUCAUCAGCAUUUAUGGGUGCAAGUGCAACGGAUAUAAAAGAUGCCGGCGCUACAAAGUCUAAAAGCAAUACACCCUUACCCUUAAACAACACAAAAGCAGGAGUCACAACAUCCUCAAGUCUAUUUGAUAAUUUUGCUGAUUUUGAUACUUUCUCCACGAAAUCUGCCACAUCGACUAUGGAAUCGAAUAAAAAAUUGAAUGUAACAAAAGCAGAUCCCUUCUUUGAUGCAUUUAAUGACAACUUCGAGACAACAUCCAAUAAAAGUUUAGACUCGAAUUCAAAUCAAUUGAAAACGAAUACAAAAUCUCUAACAUCACUUGAUGCAUUCGAUGCUUUUGGUAAUAAUGUUGCCGAUAAAAAUGUCACAGCAUUUGAUGCUUUUGGUGAUAACUUAAAGACAGCAGCAGUGCCGCAACAAGUUUCGGCCAUGUUUGAUGCAUUCAACGAUAACAACUUUGAGGAUGAUUUCUUUAAGUCGUCUAAUCUUGCAAAAGGAACUUCCAAUACCACCUCACUGAAAGAAACCAAUUUAAAUAACAAUAACUCGAAAUUGAAUAAAUCUCCUUUACCCUUUAAUGAUAAUGAUUUUGGUAAAUUUGAUGCUUUUGCAGCGCUAAAUGAGGAUGAUUUUAAUAAUACAUCAACGUCUUCAUCUAAUCUAAAUAAUUCCAUUGCAAAACCAAAAUACUCUUUAACAAAAACUGAUAAUUUAAUAAAAGUACAAAAUAAAUUAACAGUCGAUAAUAACGAUAAUAAUGACAAAACUGCGGCUUCUAAUCCCGAAAACGGUGCUAAAUUGCCAGACAAAUUUGUGGCAGACUAUUCGAAACCGGAAACAUUUGAUGAUGAUAUGGAAGAGGCCAUUAAACGCAGCAUGGUGGAUCAAUAAAUAAAUAAUUAAUUAAGCAAAUAUAAUUGCAGACAAACUUUUAUUAUAAUUAUUUACAUUACAAACUAUAUUUAAUCGUGUCUUCUUUUUCUCUUAACUCUUACAUAUUUCACUUUUCUCCCAAAUUUAAUGUACGUUUUAAUUUUAUGUUAAAUUUUAAUUUGAUAUUAUUAUUAUUCGGUUCUGUUUACAGAAACAAAACAAGAAAUCUCUCUCUCUCCUCAAAGUCUAACUUUGUAUAUUUCUUGUAUUGCUGUUUUAAUUCCAAAUUUAUAGUAUAUAUUUAUUACAUGUAACAUUAUAUUACAUUAAAUUAAUUUAAUUUAAAGUAAUACGUAUAUAUUCCAUUAUAUUUUAAUAAUGAUUUUUUGAUUUAUUAAAAGAAAAGUACAUAUACAUAAUUAUGAAAAAUAUGAACAAACGAAAAUCCCAAUUAAAACAUGAAUUCAAUUAAUUUUUACCUUAUACAAACAAUUACCAUUCAUUCAUUUAUACUUAUAUAUUUUUUUUUUAAAUUUUAUUUGUUAUCGAACUCAAUGUAUUAUUUACGAUAUUAUUCAUUAUUUAAAAUUAUAAAAUUAAAAAUACUUAUUAAAACGUAAUAAACAUACAAUAAAUACUUGUAUGUGUAGCCGAUGAACAUAAUCAAGUAUUAAAGUAUACAUAUUUAAAGUAA